GAUUGACAGCAUGAUGGUGAGUGGUCUGCUGUCGUUGUUCCUCAUCGUAAUCGCCGUCUGUGCGGCGUACGCCGCAUUCCAUCACAAUCCACCACAGUGUGGCAUACCGCAAAUCGCCGGCAAUGAGUUGAUUCUAAAUGGACUGGAAACGUCUCCCGGUGACUGGCCGUGGCAUGUGGCCAUCUACCACCGGAAGGGUCGCUCUAUGGAAUUCGCCUGCGGGGGCAGCAUCAUCAACGAGCAGUUCGUACUGACGGCAGCUCAUUGCAUCAUGAACACGAUUAACGGGUUUCAGCUGGCGCCAAACCGGAUUGUCGUUCGGAUGGGAAUUCAUGAUCUGAAUGUUGUUAAUCCAAAAUCCGUCCAGCAGCACGAGGUGGGAAAGAUUCACGCUUUUGCAAAUUUUACCCGAUUCAUCGAUGAUAUCGCGUUAAUACAUUUGAGUACGAUUAUUCAGUUUAACGAUUACGUGCAACCAGUUUGUGUGAAUCUAGAACCUAACAUUACUGGUGAGUACGGUACGGUGGUUGGUUGGGGACUGACCGAGGAUGAUGACGUGUCUACCAUCUUGAGAAAGGUUGAUAUGCCGGUUAUUGAUCCGAUAGUUUGUCUCAAGAGCGACAGGACAUUAUUCGGACAAACACUCGAUGAUGGACUGUUUUGCGCUGGAUUUACCAAUGGGACGGCCGUCUGCAACGGCGACAGUGGAGGAGGAAUAUUCUUCAAGAGGGCCAAUACCUGGUUUUUGGGAGGCAUUGUUUCGUUCUCUCAGACGCGUUCCGAUGGAACUGGUAUCUGCCACAGCAAAGGAUACGGGGCGUUCACGAAGGUGGAGAAAUAUCUUUCGUGGAUCAGUGGGAUAAGUCAGAUGAAGUUUGUGCGGGAUAGUGACGUACGAACUUGUAAGGCAAUUGAUCCACUUCCUGGAGAAAGCUAUCCAAACCAUUUGCCUCGACAUUGCGGUGUUUAUAUUCCGGAUCGCAUCACAGGUGGAAAGUCGACACGAGUUUUUGAAUUUCCCUGGAUGGCCAUAAUAUUGCACCGUAAUAUGCAGUUUCUUUGUCUGGGUACACUAAUCCACGUACGAUACAUCCUUACGGUUGCCAGCUGCAUUAGAAAUCCUUUACCAAAUAAAGUUCGUUUGGGAGAACACACCAUGGGUCAAGACAAGGAUUGCAAUGACGGCAACGAGGAUUGUGCACCACCGGUUCGUGAUUACGGCAUAGAAUGUAUUAUCACUCAUCCUCGGUUUACCUUCCCUAAAAGACAUCAUGACAUCGCCCUUAUUCGUCUCGGUGAAAAUGUCAUUCUAGAAGAUCACAUUCAACCAAUAUGCCUACCGCAUUCGGCAGCUCUUCGCCAUUACCAACCCCCGCGCUACAUUGUCGCCGGAUGGGGUCUGACCGAUCUUCUUGGCAAGCUUUCGCCAGUGCUGCAGAAAGGAACGGUUAUGCCAGGCAAUAGGUCCGAGUGCCAGGAAUGGUUGAACGGCUUGCGUGGUGAACCUCAGCUAGCGGAGGGUCAACUGUGCUUAGGAGGUGGCAAUGACUCCGUCGAUACCUGCGCCGGGGACAGCGGAGGACCGUUGGGUUACGGUGCCAAAUUGCAUGGAGUGCGAUUUGUGCAGUUUGGAAUUACUUCACUGGGCAACACCUGCGGGUAUGUGCCGACUAUCUUCACCGAUGUUACAUACUACAUGGAUUGGAUACUGGCAAACAUGAGAGAGUGAGAUUGAUUUUGUGCUGAUAUGCUUCCUAAAAUUAUUUGCGUAAAUAGGAUCCUGCUGAUCCUAAAAAUACGCUUGUUAUUAAUAAACGCUGUCUU